AUGUGUUCAAAAGAUAUGGAAUUCUGCAUUCUGGAGCUCUUUUGCAAUGGAUGCCUGUCACUGGAAGCUCAGAAAGUUUUUGACAGUAUUGAUUACCUAUUCAGGAUCAAGUUGAAUGUUGACGAUAAGUUGAUAGGCUCACGUCAGUCAAUUGGUGUUGCUCCACCAUCGAACAGCUGCUUCGAUGUCGGUGGAGGCAGCAAGCUGUGCGCUGACUUCACACUGGUCGUCUUGGACAAUGGCGAGGCCAACGAGAGUGCAUUCAACACCUGCGCACUGAUGAUCAUCAGCUCCAAGUUCCGCCGGUCUUGGGAGACCGCACCCGAUGUGCAGGACUUGGAGAUAAAGACGGAGUAUCUGCCGUGCGACACUGAGAAGAGUCAACUGCUAGAGAAAAGCACCAACAAGUUUGCCACUAUCAUGAGGAUUUACCUGUCCACAAUUGAGGAGGAACCGAGCACUAAAGUCCAUACCAAAGAGGGAGUUCAAGCAUCGCUUUUCGUGAAGAGUGUCACUGAAGACAUGGUUUGUGAUAUCAAGCAAGAUUCUACAUAUUCAGUUUCCUGCUGUGGGAAUAUAAAAAUACCUGGCUUGGAGAAAAAACCAAAAGGAUGUGUAAUUCUCGAAGCAAAGAAAUUAUCUAAGGAUAAAGACGAUGCAGAUGUCACUUUUGGAAUGAAGAUCAAAGUGGAUGAUGAUACCAUUGGUUACACAGAUACUAAAGGUUUGUUACUUCCGGGCACCAAAUGUUUUGACAUUGGUGCAUUUCCUGGCUUCAAGAUGUGCGUCGAUCUCUCAAUUUUGAGUAUGAAUAGCGGAUUCGCCGAUGAUAGUAUUUUCAAAUCGUGCGCACUGUUAACAGUCAGCUCCAAGAGUCACACUGAGUGGGAAGGCAUACCAGCCCUAAGCGAUGUCAUCGGCAAAUCAUCCGCAAUUUCUUGUGACAGUACUGAGAAUGACAUCAUCAAAACGACUGGUAGCUUUGUGAUGGCCAUCGCGAGGGUAUUUGUCAAUUCUAGUGCUACGGAGAGCAGUAAACCAAAAAAAACAGGUAGCAGCCCCAAUUGCGACAGUUGAUAGCCAGAAUCAGCAUCCACCAUACGGAGGUGCAAUUUAUCUGAAAACUGACUUCGAGAAAAUGACAUGUGAGCUGACCUACUUGGGAUCCGCCAAUGAUCAUUAUGCUCUAACUUGCUCUGGAAAAGUCACAUUGGAUGACAAUCAGAAACAUACUGGUGCUCUCCUUGUUAAAAGUAUGAGGCGUUUGAUCCAAGGAGGUGAGAAUGAAUAUCUCUACAAUGUAUCACUCACCGUUGAUAAUGCAGAAGUUAUUUCUCUCAAUUUCCCAGAAUUUCCAGGUCCUAGUAGGCAGUGUUUCCCAAUCCUUGGAUUUCCCGAUCUGAAGGAAUGCAUUGAUUUGGACGAUUUGCUGACAGACGAAAAUCUUUCAAAUGAAAGCCAUUUCAAAUCGUGCAAGAUGAUGGUGUUCAACUCGCACAAGGAAGUCUCACAGUACGGAUCGUAUCAUCUUUCAGCAGCCAUACGCAGAUUGGAGGUGUUGUCAUGCAGUACUAGCAAGGAAGUAUUGCUGAAAAAAGGUGGAGAGGGAGCCGAUGUUUUGAGAAUUAGUUUUGAGAAGGCGACUGAUGACGACAAGAGAGAGUGGGGAACUCUGAAAGACACUGUGCCCACUAAGAAGCAAGUUCAGGAGACUCCCAGCUCUGGAGGAAUUCUUGGUUUGAUCAAUUCAGGAUUGAAGAGUAUUUUCUACUGAAUCCCGAACUUUAAACCGUCAUCAUUCUUAGAUUCAGUGUCAUUGAAUGCAUUAUUGUUCUGUAGCAUAACUAGACCAAAUUUUAGAAUUAAAUAUUACCAUAGAGAAACAAUAGUGUAAGUAGAUAUCCCAUGGUAUAGGGAAUUUAUGUCGCAACUUUUACUGUUAUCUCAAGCCGAUUACUGUCGACUAUUGUCAAUUUUCACUGUUUUGAUGGGGCGAUAGUGUAUGGACGGAACAAUUCCGUAGUGAGAGACUACCAGCGUCACACAGCUGCAUAGGAAAGAACUACGUGAACUAUCGGCUUGGGAUAACAGUAAAAGUUGCGACAUAAACGCCCUAUACCAUGGGAUAUCUACUUAUGCUAUCGUUUCUCUAUGAUAUUACAUAUAGGCAGAAUACUGAGCCGUACCCAUUAACGUAUUUUCUUUGCAAAAUAAGUAGGUACCUAGUAAUUGUUUUCUCCAUUCUUCUGCAAUAAAUUUCUCAUAAGAUUUCAUUACACAUAUCAUUGAUAAUAUUUCUCUGUUACCCUAGUCAACAUCUCAAACAGAAAUGCUUUGUCUUUACCGGUACCUUUUUGUAGUUAUCAUUUUUUUCAUCCGAUAUUUUAUUAUUCAUAGUUUUUGUGAUUAUUUGAAGAAGAUAAUUUCAAGAAGCUGAUAGAUUUUUGAGAUAACGUAGGACUGAGAAUAAAAAUGCCAUCCAAUAUUUUAUUAUUAAUAGGUUUUAUGAUUAUAUGAAGAAGAUAAUUUAAAGAAGCUGAUAAAAUGUGUAAGAUAACGUACUGAGAAUGAGAAUUUCAUCCAAUAUUUUAUUAUUAUAGGUUUUAUGAUUAUAUGAAGAAGAUAAUUUCAAGAAGCUGAUAAAUUUUACAGAUAACGUACCGGUACGACUGAGAAUAAAAAUGUCAUCCAAUUAUUCUUGCAUACAACGAAUUCUAAUAACUAUCAAUUUAAUACUAUCGAAAAGUUUUUAUUUUGAGACACUACAUUUUGAGGAGUCAACAUUACUGUGCAAUGAGGUGCAACAUUACGGUGCAAUGAGGUGCAAUAUUACUGUGCAUUACUGUGCAACAUUACUGUCAACAUUACUGUCAACAUUACUGUGCAAUUACCUUCUGGUAAUAGGAAUGCCAAAUCUAUUCAAAUUCAAUUCCCAAUCCGUCGAUAUUAAUAAUUGAUGCAAGAACUGUUCAUAUUUAUUAUCAUUAUUAUUUAGUAUCAUUAUUAUUUUAUUCGCAUUAUUUUCAGUUUAUAAUAUCCCAUGUGUGUACGCUAAGCGAAUUCCUGAUUUUAUUUUCAAUUAUGAGAUAAAUAUGCUCCUGUUUGCAGACAACGUUCACUCUUUAGCAAACAGUAUUGUAUUCAUUGACUGUACACUACGCAUUUUUGUUUUGUUGAACUCAAUAUUUUAUUAUUGUUAUUCUGUAUCAAUGUACUUGUCAUUGAAUAAAUAUCUACUUACUUAUUCAAUUGAGUAAUAGAUAAUAACAUAAUAUAAACAUUAGACAAUAAUGGAUAAGCAUAGGUAUUCCAGAUUCUGUACUUGAAAUUAGAAAAUAGGGUGGUUUUAAUUUCUCCAGAUUUCCAUUUUCUUGUAAAAUAAUUAUAAUAUUGUUAUAACGUAAGUUUAAUGAGACUCGUCAAAUGAGAAUCCUUAUAUCUACACAAGAUUAUAAUGGCUAUGCUUUGAAAUCAGAAUGUGGGUACCGUACUGCAAGUUGCCUUAAUAGAACUCACAGUUGCUUGUAUUAUCAUUAUAAUGUAGCCUGAAGUUUGUCUAAAAGUUCAUCAACAGUAGGCCUAAAUACCACGAAACAGCCUAUACUUUAAUGUCGAUCCUAUGCUGUUUUUUUUAUUUUUCAUUCUCAAUAUUUUUUCAUGUUAUAUAUUUUUAUUAUUCAAGUGCUUUUUAGAUAGGCUUAUUCUACGAAAAACAGUCUCUCACCCAACAUGAGUCAUUGAUUGUAUCAUUUUAAAUUUAUUCUUAUUUUAUCAUAUUGUUAUUAGGAUUUUUGUUGAGUUUCUUCAAUUUGUUGAUAAUAGUUAAAUAUUGAUAUGUGUGAGUGUUAAAAAACAAUAAAAUUCACUUUCGAGUGGGAA